UCCAAUGAUGUAUAUAUAAAUCGUUGGUUGUGUCUCGCACUGCUGUCAAUACCAUACCACCCAAAAUAUUAAUGCAAUGCAAUGGGAAUAUAACGAUCAUGGCUAAGAGACAAAUGUUGUUAACGCUUCUCGUCCUGGGCUUAUUCGGAAUUUAUGAUGCUUUGUGGUGUAACUGCACCACAGCCCAGUGUCAGAAGACUGGCUCCCAGUGUGAGACAGACGGGGCCUGCAUGGCCUCCACAUCCUUCAUCGACGGCCAAGAGCAGCACAUUCGUAUCUGCAUCACCCGGGACAAGCUGGUACCCCCGGGCCAACCCUUCUACUGCCUGAGCGCUGAGGGCCUCCUCAACACACACUGCUGCUACACUAACUACUGCAACAGCCUCAACCUCAAAGUGCCAUCUGUGACGCUGCGGCCGGGCCUGGGGGGCGGCUUUGGCCCUGAUGGUACAUGGGGUCCGGUGGAGCUGGUGGCAGUGAUCGCAGGGCCCGUCUGCCUGCUGUGUGUGCUGCUAAUCAUGGGUGUGUUCCUGUUCCAGUACCACCAGAGGGCCUACAGCCACAGGCAGAGGCUGGAGGUGGACCCCUCCUGUGACCACCUCUACAUGGCCAAGGACAAGACCCUGCAGGACCUCAUCUACGACAUGUCCACCUCUGGAUCAGGCUCUGGCCUCCCUCUGUUUGUCCAGCGGACGGUGGCCAGGACCAUUGUGCUGCAGGAGAUCAUAGGGAAGGGGCGUUUCGGAGAGGUAUGGCGUGGCCGCUGGAGAGGAGGAGACGUGGCGGUGAAGAUCUUCUCAUCCAGAGAGGAGCGCUCCUGGUUCCGGGAGGCUGAGAUCUACCAGACCGUCAUGCUGCGCCACGAGAACAUCCUGGGAUUCAUCGCCGCAGACAACAAAGGUAAACACUGGCCGUCGUCGUGUGACAUCACAACAGAUUUUCCCCUUCAAAGAGCACUGCUUGUAGCUUUCUGGUGUUUAGGUCAGUUUUCCGUAUUAGGUGGUGUAGUGUCUAAAAAUUGGUCUCUAAACUUAGUCUCUCUUUCUCUCAUAGAUAAUGGCACAUGGACCCAGCUGUGGCUGGUGUCAGACUACCACGAGUACGGCUCUCUGUUUGACUACCUGAACCGUUACUCCGUCACCAUCGAGGACAUGAUCAAACUGGCACUGUCGGCUGCCAGCGGCCUGGCACACCUGCACAUGGAGAUCCUGGGAACACAGGGUAAGCCUGGUAUUGCCCACCGGGACCUCAAGUCUAAGAACAUCCUGGUGAAGAAGAACAGUACCUGUGCCAUCGCUGACCUUGGGCUGGCAGUGCGCCACGAGUCUACCACUGACACCAUAGACAUCGCUCCCAACCAGAGAGUGGGCACCAAGAGGUACAUGGCCCCUGAGGUCUUGGAUGAGAGCAUCAACAUGAGGCACUUUGAUUCGUUUAAGUGUGCAGACAUCUACGCUCUGGGGCUGGUCUACUGGGAGAUCGCACGCCGCUGCAACGCUGGAGGUAUCCAUGAGGAGUACCAGCUUCCCUACUAUGAUCUGGUGCCCUCUGACCCCUCCAUAGAGGAGAUGAGGAAGGUGGUGUGUGACCAGAAACUACGGCCCAACGUGCCCAACUGGUGGCAGAGCUACGAGGCCCUGCGUGUAAUGGGAAAGAUCAUGAGGGAGUGUUGGUAUGCCAACGGAGCCGCCCGCCUCACCGCCCUGCGCAUCAAGAAGACCCUGUCCCAGCUCAGUGUCCAGGAGGACAUCAAAGUCUGAGAGGGUCCCGUCCCAAAGACCUGAGGAGAGCGCUUGGGACCCUGUCCCGCACUAAAGGAUACGGAGAGCGAAAGAGAGGGGUCAGGGUCUUUUCAAAGAAUGCAAUGACAAAAGCAAAAUGUAAAAGAAUACUUCAUAAAAACUCUCCUGCCAGUCUUUUUAAAGCCACCACUGUUUGAGUUGUGACAAGCCCUACCUCGCCUAUUCAGCCAAAACUACUGACAAACCCUGUCCCCAACCUACCCCAUCCUUCUGUCCCUGCAGCCCCCCUUCUCUGUUCUGUUCCUACUAAAAUGUCUGCCAACGCAAUUACUGCUACUACUAGUAUUGCCCCUGACAAUGCCCAUGUUAAUCUCAAUGGCAGGAUAUAUACUGUAUACAACUGUGUAUUUAGUAACAGAAUGUGUAAUUUAAUUGUAAACUUUUUUUAAGUAACUUUCCCGAAAGACUUAUCAAAGGACACUAAUGGUUUUACCCUAUAGAUUAAUUUAUUUUUGUUCUGUUUGUCUUUAUACUGUAUUCAUGCCAUGUUGAAUUGCUUUUGGGAGAGGUCUAACUGUUUUGAGUGUUUCUUUUGUCAGGGAGUAUAUAGGGGGAAUUUCUAUGAAUGCUGUGUAGGGGUCAUUCCACCAAUUCGGUGCCUUUUGGGGAAAAAAACGUUCGAUUUCACAAAAUGUUUACAUUCUGUCAUAAAGAGCACAUGUUCAACUUAAUAAAAAACGUUUUCCCAUCUCAAGAGGUAAAAAAAAAAAGACUAUAGUACGUGCCUAUCAAGUAAAGUAAUAAAUAUAUAGGUUGACCGUAACAGGGUUGACGAUUUCCUCUUAAAUCAGCAGCAGGGAGGGGCAAUUGAAUGCAAGCUUCACAAAAAAAACAUCAAAAAACAUUCUAGCCUGUCUAACUAUGGGUAACAUGGUUGAUGUGUUAUGCUCGACCCACUCAAUUUUCCACCACAAAACACCAGAAAAUUGCCAAAAA